CACGCUGCCAUGGCGGCCCUUCUGACUGACCCGCUGUUUGAGACGUCUGGACGCGCUCUUACACACAAUAAUUACUUUUAUCAUCUUGUUAUCACCAAGUCAUAUGUGAUCUGGAGAUGGUGGAAGAUAUCUUCGAGGCUUGUAGACAGGAACGCCAAGCCCGGGGAGCUGAAGGAGUCUCACCUGGACUUCUUGGACGACCAGUGGGUGCAGAGUGAGGUCAGCACGGUUUUCGGAGAUCGGAUCUUGCAGUACGCCAAGGCUUUGUGCCAAGGCCAUUAUGAUUAUCUGGAGCGCAUGCCUGACACCUUACUUCUGCGGAUAAUAAAUAGUCUAGAACUAGAGGAUGUCGGUCAGCUUGGACGAACGUCACGCAAGUUCAGAAAGCUAUGUGGGUCAGAGGAGUUUUGGGAGCAGGCGGUGCAGCGGCGCUGCAACACAGUGUCGGCUGAGAUGGCAUCUGUGGCGCUGGAUGAGGGCUGGCGCAGCAUCUUCUUCACCAGUAAGCUACAGCUGCAGAAGUUGAUCAGCCGCAGGAGGCUGAAGGCUGAGGAGCAUGAAGGAGGACCGGGCUCUGACCCAGAUUCAAAGACAGGAAUAUCCUGA